AUGGCCACUGUUAGCCCAAUGCGUCGAAAGUACAGACCCGUCACCAUCCGGUUCCAUGCCGACAACACCGAUGAUGAGCAUCCCCCUCCGGAACUUCUAGAUCCUGAAAUCAUCGAGGCUGUGGAAAAGCGCGAUGAAUACAGAUGCCUUCUAUGUGGCUCGGAGGAACUCCUCGUCACCCAUCGGGUGGUGUCCGAGCACGGUAAAGGUGUAGAACCAGUGUACUGGUUGGUCCAGCUCGGGGUCGUUCCGCAGAGCUACCGGUCGCAUGAGCCUAGUAAUAUCAUGAUGUUAUGCGAACCGCACGCCUACGCCUACGAUGAGGCCGUUUGGCGAUUCAUGCCCUGCGAGGGACUGCGCGAAGAGAUGCGGCACGCAGGCCGCUCCAGCGUGCGCGCGAGAUCCAACCCUUCCCUCCUCCGAGCUGAUCAGAGUGAGCUAACGGAUGCCGUACACGUACAAUCCUCAAAUUCCAGCCAUGCAAAGGACAGCACUCCCGAUAAACCGGUGCCAAUGCUCUUCGACCUCGUCAUCUUCCGCCCCCAGCACAUGCCGAAGAUAUCCAUACCGUGGCUCAUCGGUGUCGAACCGGCCCAGGUGGCGAUCACCGCGGCGGCAUUUGCGCGCGAAGACUGCCCGCGGGUGCUGCGUGCAUUCCGCACCCUGCCAUUGAACCCCUACGUCGCACUCGCAGCCACGUUCCCGAUCGUCGGCGCGGCAUACUUACCCUUACCCGACGCGGCCAUACGCAACGUGGAGAGAGGGUGUGACGAGAUCCGCGAUGCGUGGAACGCAGCGACGCCCAAGGCCAGCGCGGACAUGACUUUCAUAAGCCCCUUUGGCAUAAAUUGA